ACAUCUUUGACAAAAAGAACAAAUUAAAUUUCUUGUCCUUAAAUAACUUAUUAAAAAUUUUAACCCAAGAAAAAUUAGUAUGUCACUGAAUUUGCGCAAAUUGAAUAUUUUAUUUAAAGCAGUUUUUAAAUGUUAAAGAUUUUAAAGAUAUUAAAAACUGUAAAGCAAGAAAAUUUAAGCAACAAAUAGCUGAAUUUACAGAAAUUAAAUAUUUUCAAGCAAUUGCAAUUCUUUCAAAUGUAUCAAUAAAGAUUUUUUAAUCACUAGAAAUUCCAAACUAAGAAAAUUGAGCAAGUCGCUAAUUUACAAAAAUUGAAAAGCCUUGAAAACAUAAAUUCUUGAGCAUAUAUAUAAAUAUAGAGAGCCUGCUUUGAAAAGGUAGGAGAACCAUGCAUUAUAUCUCUUUGCAAUAAUUUGCUGAUGCAACCUGUAAUACACAAAUAUGUAUUUCUCCGCAAUACUUUACGAUAAUGCGGAAUUAUACCGUAAUUUUACUAUGCAUCUUUGAUUAGCUUUAACUUCGAGAGACUAUGUUGUGACGACGCGAUGUCAUAGCAACCACCAGCGUGUAAACCCCCUGGUGUUAGUUGUAACUUACCCUCGGUUGUGUCGCGAUGCCGCUGAAUUCUUGAAACGUUCCGAAAAAUGUCAUUGUUCAAGACGAAAGAAUGGUGGAGAACGCAAUGCGGAGUGCACGAGUGUUUCGACAGACGCAGCUUGUUGGUCACGCCGUUGUUCGGCGCCGACCGGAAGGACAUCGUUGUCGUCGGCAGCCACGGCGGUUACCUUCGGAUAUACAAUCCAUCCUCACAAUGGAUAGACGAAACCAAAUCGCCGAGCGGCUACGAGUCCUCGGAUCUAAUCAUCGAGACACAAGUCGGCGAUUGUAUUGUUGACAUGAAGGCGGGAAAAUUUGUCUCAGGCUCGCAAGACACUCAACUCGCAAUACUGACAUCAAAAAAACUCAUCAUUUAUAGCAUAAUUUUGAGUCAGGGCUCCGCUGAACAUGGGGACCAUUGCGACCUGCAAAUCGCUUACGAGCAUCUGCUACAGCGAUUUCCGGCGUCCCUGACAACGGGACCGUUUGGCGGUGUGCGGGGUCGGGACUUCCUCUGUGUUCAGUGCUUGGAUGGUACGCUUCUCUUCUACGAGCAAGAGACUCCCACCUUCAGCCUGGUUCUCGGGAAUCGGUUGCUGCCGGAGCCGAUCAUCUACGUUUCGCGGAACGACAUCUUCGUGACGCCGAGCUCCUCAUGGAUCCUCGAGUGCUACAGGUACAAGAGCAUGGCAGAAUUUGGAAGCAAGGAACGCUCGGAGGAACCAAAAAACUUAGAACCGGACUGGAGUUACAAUAUCGGUGAAGCCGUUCUCGAUAUCGAUACUGUUACCUUGAGCAGCUUCGAAGUCGGGAUUCUUAUACUUGGCGAGAAGAAUCUGUAUUGUCUCAAAGAUAAUUGCGUCACUCUGAAAUACGCGAAACGGCUCGAGUACAAGGCACUCUGCUUUCAAGCUUACGUGAUAGAACCGGAUGGCAAGUUGAUGGUGCUUGUAAUCGCUGACACGAACACCCUGAUGAUUUACGAGGGUACGACUCUUAAGUGGUCAGCCCAACUGCCUUUUACUCCGGUCGCCGUAACUCGAGCGCAUUUUCAGCACUUAGACGGAACGAUCGUCGUUCUUUCAGAAGAGGGCCAGCUAGAGGCUUGCUACUUGGGCUCGGAGCCGUCGUUAUUUAUCGCGCCUCCUCUACACCGACGCGGUUACGAUUACGUAGCCGCUGAAGAUGAGCUCAUGGAACUCCGCAAGUUGGCAAAAAGAAAUAAGGCUUCCGGCAGUCAACUCAGUGACGUCACCAUGGACGCUGAGUUAAUAAUAACCGUAACCGUAUCUGCGGAUCUGGAACCCAGUCCACGCGGAAAUCAGGAUGACUCUAAGGACGAUUCAGAGGGUCGUAAUUUAAUGUGCAGGAUUACCAUAGAAUUAUCCACGUACACGACGCUUCACGACGUUCAAGUGUGCGUGGACGUCUCAAAGCCGUUCGUCUCCGAGAAGAAUUGUCAUGUUAUUAACAAUCUCUGUGACCGGCAAAUUCUACGCACGAUGAUCUACGCGACGACGGAUCUGCCGGCGAUGUCAUCGGACGUGAGAAUCUCGGCGAGCUACAAGACGGGGGAUCGUGGGAGCCUGCGCGUACUUCAGAAGAUGGCCCAACUGCCCCUGAAGAUGAUGCUGAGGGCCUGCCCACCCGAGAAUACGUCCACCUUCACGGCGACCAUCAAGUGCAGCGAGCCCCUCGUGGCUUUUAGCCAGCUGUUUCCCGAAUUUACAGGAGACGUACAAAGGCAAAAUUGGAAUGCGCUUGGUUUGCAACACGUGCAAACUGGCAGCGUGGUGACAAUUGCUUCCGGCGCUACCAGCAAUCGUUAUCGCGUGCAGUCGAAUGAUGGACCUUCAAUGGCCUUGGUGGUCCAGCAAUUGAUGAGUAGACUCAAAGACAAAGCUACCGGAAAUUUUACGACUGCUAUCGCGCAAAAUCACAUACAACUGGUCCAGUCUCAAAUGGAGGCGCACUAUCGUAGUCGCCAGGAAGCGGACAAAAUCGCGAGUGAAAUCGGGCUGCUGUCGACCCAGUUGAGAAACAUCGAGAGGAGGAUGCUGCGCGCCGUAAGGGAGCGGAACACCCGAUCUCUGGCUACGACUGGACUGCCGUUCCUCUUGGAGUCGACCUAUCGCGCGAUCUCUGCGCUCCUGGAUGAUCUCGCGAUUGCACGAACGGAACGGGAACGCGCCGGCCACGGUCUGCAGUGCGCCGUAAGGUUACUGCUCCUGCUGCUGCGGCUUAACGUGAACGACGAUAAGUACGCAAUGCUCGAAGCCGCGAUCGGAUUCGAGUCGUCGCAGCUGCGCGACGAGCUUGACUGGGAAGAGAUAGCCGAUGUCUGCCUGAGCACUUUCCUACGUUCCACAUCGAGAAAAGCCACGGGUCACCUGGACGCAAAACCUACGCUAUUAACCAAAAUGACGUCUACCAAAGAAUUUACAAAGUUGAAGAAACGUCUAGUACACGCGGUCGAACGCCUCGAUAGCUGUCGAGAAGCCGAUUCCGAAAAAGAACAGGUGGAGGCUGGCGAUCGCGCGUCUUAAAAAUCGCCGCGUUAUUCAACAUGGACAAUUUUUAUCUCUGCAAAUUUCCUCCUUCAAAACCCAAAUUAUAGCAAACGCGUAUAAGGUAAAAAAAAAAAAUAAUUAAAGUGUGAAAUUAAAAUUUUUUUAUCGGAGUUCAACCGAGAUAGGCGAUAAAAAACUUAUAUUCCCUGUACUCUCUUUACUUCGUUUUGUCGCGAAAAUUUCUUAACGUAACAAAAAGAGAGAGAGAAUAUUACACGCAAAAAACAGUUAUCCAGACUCGGUCAGGUGUAUUUCCGCGAUUCGUCAACGUAAUUGAUCGCUCCGGCAUCUUUAAUGAGAUCUCCGGGAGUAUGUAUUGUCGUAUACGUAUAUUGGGUGUAUCUUGGCGCCGUUUGCGUGUGCAUACCACUGAUAAGCUUACGCAGGUGCAAUACAACGCGUAUUAUGCACGGACACGCCAUAUCGGACAGGCGCGCAAUGUUUACGUAAGUGCGUCUAACACGCGCCGGCGCUGCGGCGAUAAUUUUAUUCCGUCGCCUGCGGCAUAUUAUUGAAAUAGGCGAAGUCGAACGGCGUAACGUAUAGUUUGAAUGAUUCACUAGCUGGCGCCACGAUUCCGCUUUUUCGAGCGGCUAAUUAAUGGGAAGAAUGUACGAGACGGGUGGGUAUGUGUUUAACUCGCCGGGACCAAUAAUAACCGCGUGCUUUGUUCGCGAUAAUUUUCCUACGAGAGCGUUCUCUGUGUAAUAUUAUGCAAAGUGCUCGCCUCGCGCAGAAUGGAAAGGAUCGUAAGAAUUUUUCAGAUCCCGGGCUACGCGCACACUGCGUACGCUGUGUCCGAUACUCGUCGCGACAAUUAAAGAGACACGCAACGUUAUGCCGUACGGUUACGGCGGUUUGUCGCGAACAGAAUGCUUCUGUUGUUACUCUUCCAUUGUCAGAGAUUGUAACUCUAUCUCAGCAUGUUAAAUCAAUAAACAAUAUCCGAGACAUAUCCCUGUGAUUGUAGCAAAUUAUACUGUUUAAUGGAACGUUGACUAAUUUGUCUAUUACAACGUACGUUUAAAAUACAAUCUGCACCUAUUAAAGGGAAGUGAUGUCGUACACAUUUUAGCUCAAAAUAUUUCUAUAUUAUAAAAAGAACUUAAUUAGUAAUGUAAUAAAUUGUUUUCUAUAACGAUUUGCUUUCUUUCGAGCAGUUGCAUAAUUCUUCGCACGUAGAACUAGGGCGUUUUCUCAACGAUUGAGAAAAUCUAUUGAGAGACGAUGUUAUACUUUCCUUCCGAUCCAAUUAUAUUCAUAAUUUUUGCUACACAUUCACGCAUACGUUUUUUCGAUUUAAAGAUAAUUACAGAGGAAAAGAUGGUAUUAUGACAUCUAUAGGACAUCUGGCCACUCGUAUAUCUCUGUCAUUAAAUGAAGAAUUCUGAGUGAUUAGUUAAGGAAUCAUUUGUUUAGUACCUCAGUUAUGCAGUGGCGCUAAUAUGACAAUAUACAACUGACACAUUUAUUAUGAAGCAUUUUUAUCUUUAAACAUUUUAAAUUUCAAGGAAUUUUAUUUCAAUCUUUAAAAAAAGAUUAACGUUAAAUUACAUAACUUUCUCAUUCUUUUUAUACUUGAGCAUAAUAAUUAUACAAAUAUUUGUACAUUUAAGUGUUUCUGUUAUUUAACAUUUUAUUCAGCUAUACAUAUUUCGAGUUAUACAAAGUUAAACAAUAGCAUUUUGCUAAUGUAGUCAGCUUUAGCUUGCUGAUGUCUCUAUAGGCUUAACAGCUUCUUUUUCAAAAUUUUUAUAUCAAAAUAAUUAUUUGAAAGGUUAAUUGUAUUCUAUUGUUAAUCUAUCAUUUAUAUUACAUGUAUUACAGAUUUUUAAUACUGCGGUUUAUAUAUUGACGAAAGAUUAUGUGUAUAUAUACAUAUAUAUGCAUAUAUUUUGCAAUACUUUCUUUUUAGUUCGACUAAAUAUAUAAUUUUCUAUAACAAAACACUAUCUUUUUAAAAACAAAACUAAUUUUUUAAGUCCAUUUUAGUAGAGAGGCCACAUUGUUAUUAUUUAUCACCUGUUCUUGUUUAAUCCAUUAUGCACAAUAAUUUAAUCCAUUAUUUAUAAAUGACAUUUUACACAUAGAUAUUCUAUAAAUCUAGAAUUGAUUAAACGACAUAUUGGCAAAUGCAAAUGUGUGUAUGUCAAAAGAAUUAAAAAGAAUUAAUUAUUAAUAAAUUGGAAACAGUUAAUUAGGCUCCAAUAAUUCAAAUAAUGUGUUGAGGAAAAGAUUGCCAAAAAUUAAUUAUUAAUAAAAUUAUUGUACAAAAUGUAAAUAAGAACCUCAAUAUACCACAAUAAUAUCUCUAUCUCCUCUUUCCCAAUUAUUUUUGUUUUACAUAAAUUUUAAUAAAAAUUAAUGGGCUUUCGAGGUCGUUUAAUAUAAUACUUUCAUCGUUAGGCACGCGUGCAUUGUGGCGAUUCACACGACGCGAAAGAAACCUUUCUCGUGCGCACGCAGAUGCGUGCUCCGUUCCGUAUGCGGCUUCCCACGAGCGUGGAGAAACAAAUAAUCGAGGCCCGAGCAACCUUUGCCGAAGUGCUCGGCAAAUAUUUAGACGGCAGCACUUUUCCGCUGCGGCCACUGAUGUAACAGAUUGAAAUAUUUGUGGCCGCAACUUUGCAGUUCAGAUAAACGUCUCUCGCGGCUAACAUUGGUGAAUAACCGUGAAUACCAAGGCGUAAACAAUGCAACAAUGAUGUCGUAAUGAUGUAAGCUUUUACAAGCACGAUGUUUAAUUAUACUGGCGUACAGUCAAUACAAAUCGAGCGCAAAAUUUUCCAGAACUGUAGACUUUAUUUUACUUUAGGUUUAAUAAUGGAUUUUUCCGUAAAAUUAUAAAGUGAAGUAAAACAUUAUUAUUUAUUAUAGCUUUUUAUAUUUAACAUUAAAUCUUAAUAAUUAUAAUUGGAAUUAGUAACAUUUACUCAUAAUAUCUGCUCGUAAUUUUUUAUAAA